AUGUCCGUCCGGGACGACUUGGCGUCGUUUCAAUCCGCCUUUGACGCGGACGACGCGUGGAUUGACAUUGUCCCGUCGUUCGAUUCCACGUCGUCGGCGACCGCCACACUCCCCCGUUGGCAGUCAUCGUUACCGACGUUGGGCCCGUUCCGUGCGGGCAUCCCGACUCGCGUCCCGUAUUGGUGGGCGUCGGCCUUGCGCGCCCGAUCGUUGUGUCGCGUCACGCCACCGUCGUGGUGGAACGCGACACGCUUGGCCCGGAUCAUUCGGUACGAACAAACGCACGGUCCGUUGUGGCCCGACGCGACCCAACUGCCCCGGAAUUACUACGAACUGUCCCGACGAUUACCGACACUGCUGGGGAACAACAGUGGGGAAGAGGACGAUCCCAGUAUCCGACUACUGGUGGAAGAUCUGUACCAGAUCCGGGUCGACAAACUCCGACACCAGUUUCAGGAUUUGUUGGCCAACCGUGCGGGGGACGAUGUGGAUGAUGUGGUCCUGACCGUAACGGGGAUUGGGACACAAGAAUUGACCCUGUUGCGUGCGUUUGUGACGCAAGCCCUGAACGAUCGGACGACGCUGGGACGGGCCGUGUCGCACGCCGGUGCGGAACGACCGGCGGAGAAUCCGGAAGCGGCGGACGAGGACGACACCGCACCCGCCGCCGUUCGUGCGCGGUUUCCCGUACGGAGGUUUCGGCGGUGA